AUAUUCAUCGAAUACGCUCGUUUUUAACACUCUCUCUUUUUCCAACCCUUUUUACUACCUGCAGUCUUGACGGUAGAGUUCUGGAAAAGUAUACAAAUCCUGAAAAAGAUAUACCAUUUUGAUUCUGAAAAGAAAUUGACAAAGAUCGUAUCGGUUUUAGUUGAACAUCAAAAUGACGUCCUCGUCGUCUUCUACUGAGCCGCCUAAGGUGCUCGUCGUCACGUCCUUGGAUUACUUCGGCGCCGCUAUCCUGAGUAAAAACCUACCCACACCAGAGUCAGGAUGGGGAUUUUGCAACGCAAACCUAGGAGUUCUGUGAGUCACGCAUGACAAGUUGCACUCUGCAGCGUAGUGCAGGUUAGCAAGUGCAGCCGCAUCACAGAUUCAUCUGCUCAUCCUGUUCACAGCAUCACAAAGUCCAAAACACGAUUGGAAAUGGCUCUCAUGCGGAUGCGCAUUACAAGUCUUCCUGUCUUUGCAAAUCUGCAUUACAACUCUGGUGUGGGUACGUUUUUACUCAGGAUAGCCGCGGCUUUGUCAGUAUUGAAGAAGAACGCAUUCGAGAACGUUCUGUGUGUCGUCUGUGGGGGCAGCAAGGGACUGGAUGUCAUUGCAGAAUGUCAGAAGCACGGGUAGGAUUCUUUUCGAAUGACUUGCCAUUUGAUGAAUCCGUUUUCAGUUUUAUUGUCAAGGUGGACAACAAGAAACUUUUGCAAUGAGUACUAUUCUGUUGCGUAAAUACAAGGUAGCAAGCUCGAUUUUCAUCCACAUACUCAAAAUCACAGGUAUUCCAACUUCGUGUCUACCGACGCUGCGAUGCUCAAAGCGGUCUGCGAGUCCUUCAAAGCCGACGUAUCGAUCGGUUUGGGACCGAAUCUACCGACAACAAGUCUCUCGCUCACAUUCACUUACGCGUCAGAAAGCAAAUUCUCACCGCCAGGCCCCGCCUGGCCGGAGUUCGGCGCCAUCGUGAGCGGUGCUACAGAAUCGAAAAUGACACUGGGCACCGAAACGACCGCUCUUACCAUCACAACCUCCGACACGGCAAUAAGUCUGCGUUACAAGCACAUCUCCGCGUUUUCCACCCUUCUACAAAAAGUGGUGGAGCAAGACCUCUCGGUCGGGGAGAAAACUGCGGCCUUUGACUUCUCCGCUGCGGCAGGAACCCGAGCAGAGGAGGGCUACUUUGUGGACCCCGACACCAUGUCACUCGACGAGGCCGACCGGUUUGUGCGCGCGUGCAAUUUACCGCCGUACGAGUGUGCGUUGGUCAAGUCAAAGUUGGACGGAUUUGACUACUACGUGGAUUCGUGUGACCACUACAUUCACUACCUGAAAUCAAUCGGACAGCACUCCGCUUCGAGCUCUUCCAGUGGGCCGAAACUGCUCGGCGACUGCGAAACCACGGCGACGAAACAGUACUCAGCAGAUACGCACUGGUACUCAAAUGUGGGCGGAACGAUCGUGAAGGUGCAAGCGGAAACCAUGAAACUGCGCAAGAGAAACGAAGUCACGCAGCUGAUUCCAGGUACUUUUACGAGGGGUUUGUUAUUGUUUAUUGGGGGACGAAAUGCUUCAUCGGACUCGUUCCUUGCUUGUGAUUUGUCUUGACCCAACAGACCAAAUAUUUAUUCAUUUCUAUUUCCAAAACAGGUCAAGCCAUCGGUGCGCAGGCGAAAAAGCGACUGCGCAUGAACGAGCCGUUGAUUGGCCUUACCGCAAUGGGCUACAUCGAAAAAGCCCUUUCCAGCGGCUGGAUCGGCGUAGAGGGCCCGCAUAUGAAGAAGUUCGAGGCGGCCAUCGCACGGAUUUGCUCGGUAAGGAGUUUUUACUGUUGCUAGGUAGCAGCGGCCACGUUGUUUGGAAUAAAGCAAUGUUUUGAUGGCUAUGCCGACAUGUAAAAGAGGUGAGUCCGCACGUCGAAUAAAACUUCUGAUUUUCAUCAUAACAGGUCGAAGCAGCCUGUGCGGUGCAGUCCGGAACAGCGGCGCUCUACGGGGCCAUGAAAGCGCUCGGAGUCAGCGAUCAGUUGCACCACGUGAUCGUGCCGACGUACACCUGCGCCGCCUGCGCAGACGCGAUCGUGCACGCGGGAGGUAACUUUUUCUACCCUUUUCUUUCAGCCUUCUAUACCAAAAUGCGUGAGUGUGCAGUCUUUUGCGGACAAGAAGUUGAAGCUUUUUAUUCGAGAGACGAAUAUUUUUUGGAAAAUCAAAAUGGAACAACACAGGUAUUCCUGUGGCAGUAGACUGCGAGUUGGACUCUUACGGUCUCUCCUUCGAGGCCGUCCGGGAUACCAUUUUGAAUGACGAAAACAUCGUGGGUGUUGUCAUUGCUCCCUGCUACGGGAUUCCAUCACGCGACCACAUGAAAAUUCACGAGCUCUGCAAGGAGCAGGGUCUGUGGCUCUGCGAAGACAACUGCGAGAGUUACGGCGCUGUUAUGCAGGUACAUUAUUUGAGGUUUAGCUUUGGCGGUGGUGAAAGGAGUAGAUCCUGAAACACGGGUCGGAUGUAACAAUUCAGUAUCACCGUAUAGAUUUUUCAGUAUUGCAACCGUGUAGGCUCUUCUUUCAUCUUGCUACGGGACCCAAAAAACAGAUCGAAGACGACGCUGGGGAGUCCAAGACGUCCAGUAGCAGCGACACCGUACGCACGGCGAAGGUUGGCUCUAUGUCCACCAUGUCGGUCGUGUCCGUGCGGUCCGAGAAAAUGGUCGGCGUGGGCGAGGGCGGCGCUAUUCUGUCGAACGACGCAGCCUUGGUUUCCAAGGCGCGUUGGUGGUGCAGCCGAGCGCCGGUGCGGGGAUGCGGGUUGUGGAGAGUGUACGAGCACGAGAACAUCGGGCAGAACUUCCGGUUGCCGGAGCUGCUCGGUGCAGUCGGGUUGGCAGCUUGCGAGAACUUGCCGGUCAUGAUUGAGCGGAAAAGGAACAUCCACAAGUGGUACCAGGAACUGCUUUAUCAAAUCUAAAGAUGUCUGGGUCUGGAAGAUUGCGAGGCUUGUCAUGCUUGUCUGGCAUGACCAAAAAGUUUGUCAUGCGUGUCCAAGAAGAGACCCUUUUGCCUGUCAUGAAAAAACGCAGUUUGUCAUGCGAAAAACGCAACACAAAGAAGCGCAGGUAUUUCUCAUGCUUGGCUGUGCAUUACAGAGCAUUCACUAUUCCCAACGCAGCAUUACAAGUUUCCAGACCCCGACACUUUUGCAAUGCAUAUGCUUGGGGACAUUCCAUUCCUCAAAUUCCAGCAGAACAAACCGCUGGACGAGCCCGUGUGGUGGCUCAACGCGCUCAGGGUACUGAUAAAUUUAUGCUGUCGCAGCUUCAGAAAAGCAAUGAUUUUCUUCGGUAUACUUCCUUCAGGUGGCAAAUCCUUGAAUUUUCCUUUCGGAGUAUUGAACAAUCGUUUAUCCACCUCAUUCAUCACAAAAACAUCAGAUCGAAACCCCGGCCAACGGCAAGCCUUUGGCGGAUAAGUUUUGUGGCGCCAAGCCGCAGGCGAAUCUCGCUGAAGCCGUCGGCAUGCGACUGAUGAAGCACCACCCGAACAUCGAGAUCAGGCCGGCGUUCUUCCCGCUCCACAAGAUGAGCUGCUUCAGCGAACAUGCGAGAACUUGCCCGAACGCGGACAUCGUCUACGAGAGAUUACUUUGCGUGCCCUCCAGCGCGCAGCUGACGCGCGAGGACAUUGAAGAAGUGUGCGCCGCGCUGCGAGACAGUCUACAAGAAAUCGUAGUGGGCUGAAAUGAGUAGAUUUUGAAGCAAAUAAAGGAAAAGAAACAAAAGGAAAAGAAACAAUGUUUUUGGUUUAGAAAUCUACCCCCAAAGAGUUCUUGUUGUAAAGUACGCAAAUGUAAAGUCACAGACGCAGGUAGAAGAAAUAAUGUGAGAAAAGUCCCAUGUGCUUUGACGUUUUGGAGCCGAUUACCGAGGUAAAAUGCUUUUUUUGGUUAAGUAAUUAUCUUCCUCUGUGAUCAAGUUGUGAAAACCCAAAGCAGGAACUGCUGCUAAGGAAAAACACAGACAGAGUCACAGAAUUUAUUUGCUAGGUAGAGCCUAGCGGAGCCCGGCACUUCCUGGCUGAAGUGGCGAAGGUUCGUCUUAUUCGGAAUUUUACACUAUCAAAUGACCACAAUUCAUCCUCCUGGACCUGGUACAGUAGAGUAGCAGAUUGAGUGGAAAAGCAACGACAGGACAAAAUACUUUCGGAUUUACAGUUCUUGAUUGUCUUUAGUUCUUCGCGGGAGUUUUAGGGUGAAAACCUGCGCUACCUCCCGGAAGGUAGUUUCAACGCGGUCUCCCAGAUCGGUAAUUGGAAGAAUCACAACGGCAAUAUUCGUUUUUGAUGGUUCUUUUUGCAUGCAAGAGACAAUGCCCUUUCAACCGCAAGACAAGGCUGCAAAUAAUUUUGUCUUCAACAAUCAAAGCAUAAG